AUGGAAAAAGAUGAAAACCAGAACCUAAUUGAUUUCUCACCCGUCAUGAAUAUUUCCUAUGAGAAAAUCAAUUAUUUAGUUGAUCAAACAAAAGACAAUGGAAAUCGAUUGUUCUCAUUUGGUAAAUCCAAGUCGAAAAAACAAAUUCUCUUCGAUCUUUCAGGUGUUUUCACCACAGGAAUGAACGCCAUUCUAGGACCUACGGGCUGUGGAAAGUCAACUUUUCUCGAUAUUCUUGCUGAUAGAAAAGAUACUCAUGGUUUGACAGGAAACAUUCUUGUCAAUGGGCAAACUCGACCGAAGAAUUACAAAUAUUGUAUUGGAUAUGUUCUUCAAGAGGAUGUGAUCAGUGGGACAUUGACUGUUCGAGAAAAUUUGAUGUUUUCCGCGAAUCUUCGUCUGCAGAAAAGUCUUUCUUUCGACCAACGGAUUGAACGAGUGAAUGAAAUCAUCGAUCAAUUGGACCUUGAAAUGUGUGCUGAGACGUUGAUUGGUACCGAUUUUGUCCGGGGAAUAUCCGGUGGAGAGAAAAAACGAACGAGUAUUGGAAUGGAAUUGAUUCUUUCACCUAAGAUUCUCUUCUUAGAUGAACCAACAACGGGUAAUGUGAAACGUUCUUUGAUGUGUCCACAGUUGUGUGGUGUUUUAGGACUCGAUGCGUCAACAGCACAGAAUGUUAUCAAUUGUUUACAUAAACUUUCUAGACAAGGAAGAACGAUUGUUUUCUCGAUUCACCAACCGCGUUAUUCGAUAUUCAAGCUCUUCGAUCGAAUUCUUCUACUAUCCAAUGGUCAUACAGUCUAUUUCGAUUCUCCAAAAAAUGUUCUAUCAUAUUUUACUGCAAAUGGAUUUUCGUGCGAAGAAGAUACCAAUCCUGCUGAUUUCAUUCUUGAUAUUCUAAUCGACUCGAAGAACGCGUCUUCUCAACUACUUUCUAAUGCUUAUCUUCAAUCUCCAAUGCACUCGAACAAUCUAUCAUUGAUACAGUCGAUCAAUGCUCAAACGACCGAUCGACCCCUCUUAUUCGAGCAAUACCUUUCCCGUUCAGCUUUCCUUGAAUUUUAUUAUCUUUCCCAACGAACUUUUCGAAAUGCAAUACGAAAUCCCUUGUUAAACAUCACGCAAAUCCUCAUCGCGCUCAUCUUAGGCCUACUUACUGGUUUGUUGUUUUACAAUAUGAAAACAACGAUCGAACCAGGAAUAUCCAAUCGUAUUGGAGCGAUUUUCUUCCUUGCAACACAUCAAAUUCUCUGCACGGCAAGUGCUUUGGAACCUUUGAUCAAAGAACGAAUUUUAUUCAGUCACGAGAUUACCAGUGGAUAUUAUCGAGUUGUGACAUAUUUUUUAGCAAAAUUAGUUUGUGAUCUGAUUCCCAUGCGUGUGAUACCGACGUGCGUAUUUGCAAUGAUCGCAUAUCCUUUAAUGGGCUUUCAACGUUCGUUCAAUCGAUUUUUUACGUUUUUUAUCACGAUUUUUCUCUCCUCGGUAUUCGGAUCGGCAUUGUGCUUUCUUAUCGCAGCGUGUAUUCCUGUCUUUGCGGUAGCCCUCAUAGUGUCAAUAUUAGCCUUUUCCAUAAUGAUGGUUGUUAGUGGUUUUCUCGUGGACUUGGAAAGUAUAUUUUCUGCUUUACGGUGGAUUAAAUGGAUUAGUGCCAUUCGAUAUUCGUCAAAUUUGUUAACGAUCAAUGAAUUUGGUAAUUUAACCUUUUGUUUAUCUGAUGAUAGUCAGGUUUGUCCAAUAAAAGGCGAAGAAGUUCUAUCGAAACGCAAAAUUCCCCAUCAAAACGAUUGGGAUCUAUGGAAAAAUUUAGUCUUUAUAGGAAUCAUGGCUUUGAUUUGUUUUAUUCUGGCUUAUGUUCGGCUAUUGCGUAUAAAAAAAUUUAAAUAA